AUGGCGGGCCGGUUCUCCGGCGCAGACUAUGAUGGAGGAUGUGGAUAUAUUGAUGGAGCAGCUGGAUGGUACCAUCACCAGAAACGGGGUGACUGGGUUAUGUCUAAGAGGAAAACCAACAAGCUGGGUCUCACACUAUGCAGUGUAUGGAUUGUAUUAAUGAGUCAAACCGGGGGCGAAAUAAACAUACCGUUUUAUUUGACAAUUGCAAAGCUGGUGCUGAAGGAUGCCUCAACUGCUUUUAUAGUGACCUCAAUCGUGGCCCCAAAGCCAGAAUGGUCUAAUCGACAGAAGAACUCGUUUAAGAACCGUUGCCGGAUCGUGGUAGACCCCGACUCUGCCAUCUUUCAAGCUCAAUCUGACGGGCCUAAUGCCUGCUCGGGCGGCUCGGUGGUUGCGGGCUCUGAGUGUGCGACGCCGGCGAAACGGUCCGCCAGUGCAGGGCACCUAUUGCUGGUUGGUUUAAGCAAGGAUAACUCAGAGACAGUCUCCGCCAUCGUGACGUUGAUUAAAGACUCGCUCGCAAAGACGUGA